CGGUGACGGCCAUCGCCGCCAGGACGUCGGCCCAGGAACCGCAGGAGGAGGAGGAGGAGGAGGAGGAAGAAGGUCGUCGUCCGGGCGCCGCGGUCCACAUGGAUCCCAACCUGCGCUUCGGGAUCUCCCAACGCCAACCUUUUGUUCAAAGAUUUCUUCUGUGGACCGAAUUAUUAGAUCCUGUAUAUCUAUUCAUUUCAGUUGGAAAAAUAGAAAAUUCAAGACAACUAUUGCUCACCAACGAAGAUGCUCCUACACUCUACAGGGACGACCAAAGGAUUAGAGAAGCAUGGCAGAGGAGUCUUUCAACCGUGCACCCUGACAACAGCAAGCUGAUCCCUGCUCUUUUCCGACCUGCAGCUUUCAUGCCCCUCGUGGCGCCCUUGGUGUUUUUGUCGAUGAUGCCAGUGAAGGGGAUCAAGUCCAUGAUCUUACCUCAGGUUUCCUUGUACGCUUACACCACAGCCUUCACCAUCACCAAUGGGAAUGCCAGUUACUCUCAUGGUCCAGUAGAGAGAACGUUGUUAGGGACAGGAGUGUGCGUCUCUUCAACCCUCUUUGGAUUAAUCCCUCACUUUGUCCACAUGAGGUAUGGCCUGGAUAACUUUUGGAUCAGAAAAGCCUUACCUAUCGCCAUUCUUGCCCAAGUCAGCGGAGUAAAUGUGCUUGCGUCCCGGAGAUUGGAGUCCAUUCGAGGCAUUGAGGUUAUGGACAAGAAAGGCAAUGUCAUAGGGCACUCCAGAAGAGCUGGGGAAAAGGCCAUCAAAGAAACGGCCAUCUCCAGGGCAGUGCUGUUCGGAACCGCAGCUUUCAUCCCUGAAGCCUUCAUGUAUUAUUUGAAAAAAUACAGCGCGGUCAACUUGAAAAGGAAAUUCGGUCUUCCACAGAAGAAGCAGAACUGUUUUAUAACAGAGGGGUGUAGGGGCGAGUUUGUUGGUGAAGUUGUCUGGCUUCUGUUUGGAGACCUUUGGUCCCUCCAGGUUCCAGUUCAGAGAGACCUGUUGAAGGUUCUCGAAGCUGCCUGUGGUGCCUGGGCAGCAGGCUGGCUGAAUUCGAGGCCCACUGGAAGAAUCGCUACUGAAGGUGUCCUGACUGACACCCAGGGCUCCUGAGGUGUCACUGAGUGCACUGAGAAUCAGCCAAGGAAAUGACACUGUGAAAACCACUAAUAAAUUUGUCUGCCGUUGAACCUUG